AUGUUUUACAGUGAUCAUCUCGCUAAUGCAGAGAAGGAGAUUACAUCGAGUAAUUUCUGCUGUUUGGUCGAGGCAGCCGUUUUGUUAUACGAAGAGGAACAAGACCGUAAAUUCAAUACGAAGAAAAAGACUCUCUCCGAACAAGUAGACAAGAGCUUCUUCCAUGUCUUCCCGAGAAAAACAAGAACUUCGGUGAAGAAAUUUCUUGUUUCCAAACAACAAAACCUUCACGAGAUCACGGCUGAUUCCGACACGAGAAAUCCACAAAACCCUCCUUGUUCUUCUUCAUCGAUGUUUCUCGGAGAUCACAAGAUCACGGCUGUGUCGGAGAAGCGAAACCCACGAAGCCCUCCUUUUUCCUUUUCAUCCUUGUUUGUCGGAGAUUACAAGAUCAUGGCUGAGUCGGAGAGCAGAAACCCACGAAACCCUAAUUCUUCUUCAUUGUUGUUGUCUCUCGGAGAUGGCAAGAUGGUGGCUGAGUCGGAGAAGAAGGUGAAGAGAAACCCACGAAACCCUAACUCCCAAUGGUCUCAGUCUCCGUGCGUAACAGAGAAGAAAAGACGAAAGAGGCGUGCGGUGCAAGAGAGAAUGCCUAGUGAUAGAUGCAAGAAAGCAAAGGUUGAAGCUUUUUCAUGGAUAGGGAGAGAGACUCCAGAGUGGCUAACUCAGUUGAUGAGAGACAUCAACGGAGCAGACCUGAGUCUCAUCUUUGAGAGGUCUCUGUACAAAACAGAUCUGAACCCUAAAGAGAGCCGUCUCUCAAUGCCUUUCAAUGAACUAAUCAAGAAAGACUUCUUGACUCCUGUCGAGUCGAGUAUCAUAGAAGAAGACAUCAACAACGAUAAGAAGAUGGGAGUGGGAGGGAUUCUGUUUGAUCAAGAGAAAGUGAAGUGGGGUGUGAUGUUGAAAAGAUGGGAGAUGAAGAAAAUUUCAGGGAAUGGAAGCUGGAAUUAUGCUUUGACUUGCGGCUGGAACGAUAUCGUUAAGGCUAACAGAUUGAAACUCAACGACCGCAUCAGUAUUUGGUCUUUCAGGUGGGGUGGACUCCUCUGUUUUGCCCUUGUUACUCCUCCUUCCAUGCCACAAGCUAGCUCUUCUUCCCUUGUUCUCUGUCUCUGA